AUGGGGGACAUAAUUCAAGAUGAUAGAGCCACAAUGACAACUGAAAAUUAUGAGGCUGUUGCCAUUGUAAAGAUAGGACUCAAGAGGAAGAGUGUAACAGCAAACAAAAUGGUAGUCACUCCAAACAUGAAGAAGUGUGUAAUUCAUGCACAUGCCACAUACCAACAACACCAGAGAUUCAAAAAUGAAGGUGCAGCUAGAAAGAGGAGAUGUAAAGUCAAAGAAAAAACAGAAUAUAAUAAUGAAUCAAUGGAAGUCGGGUCUACGUGUGUGGAAGACAGUGAAUCUGUGUGUUAUAAGGCACAAGAUAUUAAUACAGAAAGGACUGAACAAGUUAUAAAUGGUGGAAAUAGUGAGCAAAUAUCUACUUUAGAAAACAGUGAAUCUGUAAUCUAUAACAAAAUUGAUUCGAUUAUCUGUGCUGAAAACAGUGAAUCAACAAUGAAAACAGAAAACAAUGAGUCAUGCGCCAAUUUAGAUAACAGUGAACCGGUGUCAAACACUGAAAUAUAUAAAGAUUUUAUAGAACUUGAAAUAUUUGUUCAAAGUGGAGAUGCUGAGACUGACAUUGAGAUUGAAAAGAUCGUUGGAAUUGUAAACGCUGAUAACAGUGUAAAUGUGUUUGAUGAUCGUUCCAAUGCAGCAACUGAUCAAAAUAAGUCAAAUGUUACUAUAUUGGAUGAAUUUAAUGGCAGUGUUGUAGCAGGUGUUAAUGAUGAAUCGAUUGGUGGUAAAGAAACUGAGAUUGACGAAUACUUUCAACAAGCAUAUUCUGUCAUAGGUGAAAGUUCUUUCAUUGGAAACAAUAGAGACAAAAAUAGUGUAAAAGAUAUUACAACAAAUGUUGAAAAUGAAACAUGUUUGGAUCUAGGAGAAAAUGAAGAAUAUGAAGAUAUAAAUAAUGACAAAGAUGCAAAUGACCCAGAUUAUAAUCCUAGUGAAGAGGGUGAAUACGCGUCACCAUCGGAAGACGAUAUUGAUCAUGAAGAAACCGUAGAAAAUGAAUCUGUAAAGGCAAAUGAUAAACAAAAUGGAAAAGGAGAAAGGCAGAGACAUCGUAAUAAACAGUUGCGUAUGUCAGGGAAUGCAUACAAAGGAAUGAAAAAAGUGGAUGGGAAGUGGGGAUUCCAUGUUGAAAAGUCCGCAAGGACGUUGUCUGAAAAAAGGUGUUCAUCACGCUGCCAAACCUCUAAUAUAAAAAAUUGCAAAACCGUAACAGAAGCAGAUAGGAGAGAGAUAUUUACUAAUUUUUGGACAAACAUGACAACAUGGGAUGAAAGGCGUGUAUAUGUAAACUCGCUUAUAAAUGCUAAAGCAGUGGAGGAACCUACACUUGAAAAUGGAAAACCAAGUAGAAGAACUCGAACCCUCACAUACCAUCUAAGAAUUAAUGAAGAGCGUAUUGUCGUAUGUAAACAACUAUUUUUGUCAACUCUUGGACUAGGGGAGCAGACAGUAUAUCAAUGGAUAGAACAGUCAAUAUCGGGUGUACCAGAUAGAUCAGCUGAGAAAAAGCAGAAGCAGUCAGAUACAAGAAAGAAAGCUCAAGAAGAAAGACACGGCCAGCUACGUAUGAGUGUCAAGCAAUUUCUUGAAAGCAUCCCUAGAAUGGAAUCUCAUUAUUGCCGUUCAUCGACUUCGAAGACCUACCUUGAACCUGUAUUUAACUCUCUGACCUGCUUGUAUAAAGAAUACGUGAAACAUUGUAAUGAAAGGGUAUGUGCGAGUCGUAGAGUAUUUACCGAAGUUUUCGAGAGCCUAAAUAUUGGUCUAUUUGUGCCAAAAAAGGACCAGUGUGAUAUCUGUGUAGGUUUUGAUGCAGGUAAUAUAUCCGCUGAUAUUUACAACGAACAUCAGAAUAGAAAAAUAAAUUCACGAGAGGAGAAAAACCGUGACAAGUUAUUUUGUCAAACAAACCACUCAGUGAAAGUUCUUACAAAAUGGACGUACAAGCAGUUCUACUUUCGCCAAAAAUGAAUGCAAGCGCAUUGUAUUAUAAAACCAAAUUAGCAUGCCAUAAUUUCACUUUGUAUGACCUUAUAACGAAGCAGGCGACCUGCUACUUUUGGCAUGAAGGAAUGGGGGAUCUUUCGGCUAAUUCCUUUGCUUCUUGCUUGGCUGACUACAUUGAAAAAAUGAUUUCCAAAGAUGAAGAAAUCAAACACAUCAUUAUAUAUAGUGAUGGAUGUACCUAUCAAAAUAGGAACUUGGUAAUGUCAAACACUUUAUGUCACUUGGCUAUGACUCUUGACCUUGAAAUCACACAAAAGAUCCU